GGUGUCUAAAAGAAAGUGCGCCUUAUUCACGUUUCGUGUUUUGAUUCUGAAAUAAUCAAAACUCAUGUGCUAGCAUCUUUACUAGCGUUAUAUGACAAUCAUCGCGGGCGUUUUAUUAUUAUUAUUAUUUUUUAGAUAUUCUGUGUAGCUGUUAGUAGCGUUGGGUCUUCGCUAAAAUGCUUCUUUUUUGUCCCACUUGCGGGAAUGUUUUGAUCGUCGAAGAAGGCCAGAAGUGCCUGAGGUUUGCAUGUAACACUUGCCCCUACAUACACAACGUCACGAGAAAGGUAAACAACAGAAAGUAUCCCAAGUUAAAGGAGGUGGAUGACGUUUUGGGUGGAUCUGCUGCUUGGGAAAACGUGGAUUCCACUGCAGAAACCUGUCCAAAGUGUGAGCAUCCUCGGGCAUAUUUCAUGCAGAUUCAGACCAGAUCUGCCGAUGAACCCAUGACCACUUUCUACAAAUGCUGCAACGCCCAAUGCGGACACAGAUGGAGAGAUUAACUGAGUAUUUAUCACUAAAGCAAUUUGACCCACAGAUUGUGGAAAUAAUUCUUUAUUUUGUCCUCAAACGUGGGCUCAGCUGUUCAUUUCUCGAUGACCGUAUGCGUCUAUAAAUAAUUUCUCCAAAUGACAAAA